AUGGGUAAUGUAGUAGCGAUUGAUCGAGAUCCGAAUGUUAAAAUUUAUGCUGAUCAGUUAAUAAAUGAUUAUCCAGGUAGAAUGCAAUUUAUGCAGUCAGAUUUUGCAAGUAGUGUUGGGAAGUUAGGGUCAGCAAGAUUUGAUGGGAUUGUAAUGGAUUUAGGUGUUUCUUCCAUGCAGCUUGAUUCUAGGGCAAGGGGUUUUUCAUUUACUUAUGAUGGCCCCCUUGAUAUGCGAAUGAGCCAUAGUGGAUAUAGUGCGGCAGAUUUUAUAAAUAAUGCUGGGGAGCAAGAAAUCGCGGAUGUGAUUUAUCAAUAUGGCGAUGAAACGUAUUCCCGGAAAAUAGCUAGAAAAAUUAUUGAGCAAAGACAGCAAGAACCUAUAACUAGUACCUCGAUGCUAGCAAGCAUUAUCCACAGUAGUAGAGGACCUAGGCAAGGUAAAAUCGAUUCUGCUACUAAAACUUUUCAGGCAUUGCGUAUUUAUGUUAAUGAUGAAUUAGGUCAAUUAGAACAGUUUUUGAAUAAUUGUAAAAAUAUUUUAGCCAGCCAAGGAAAAUUGAUCAUAGUAUCCUUUCACUCGUUAGAAGAUCGAAUAGUUAAGAAUUUUUUUAAAGCUAAUGCACCUAAGUUGGUAGCUCAGUCUAAAUAUUCUGCAAAAUCAGAACGAAUGGAAAAUAGUAAUAAAUGGCUUAAAGUCCUUACCAAAAAGCCAUUAACCCCGCCAUUAAGCGAAAUCCUCAAUAAUCCAAGGGCGCGCUCUGCAAAGUUAAGAGCUGGUCAAGAUUUCAGACUGUAA